AUGAAAGUUAAAGGGGCGUUGGAUUAUUUUGUAAUUGCAACGAUCUUUAUUUUGGUGGUAUUUCAAGAAUGUGUAAAUGGCCGCACAUUUCUUCAUUCUAUCCCUAGGCCUCACCCGGAUGAUGCAGCUAACUUUGCUCGAUGGUUGGUUUCCCAAAGUUCAUGGGGUGUUCUUAACACCAUAUCAAGUGAUUGGGGAGGUGCACCUUUCGGGAAUGUUGUUUCAUUUAGUGAUGGCCUGCCGGAUAAAGGCAAAGGCAUCCCAUAUUUCUAUCUAACUACCCUUGAUCCAACUGCAAGAAAUGCAUUAAAAGACCAAAGAUCUUCCUUAACAUUAAGUGAAUAUAGCCUUGGAACAUGUGGCAAAUCCGAUCCCGAGAACCCAACUUGCUCGAAAAUUACACUCAUUGGAAAGUUAAAAUUAGUCUAUGGAAAUUCGAAGGAAGCCGAAUUCGCUCGAACUGCAUUGUUCGUUAAGCACCCUGAAAUGAAAGGCUGGCCUAAGAGUCACAAUUUUGAGGUCUUCAAAUUGGAAAUUGAAAAUAUAUUUAUGAUUAAUUGGUUCGGCGGUCCUAAGCCCCUUACAGUGGAUCAGUACCUCCAUGCCAAAAUGUGA